AUGCACAACUCCACAGAAUGGUCUUCCGGCGACGGCGAAUUGAGUUUGGCUGAUCCGAUUACUCUCAGCAUCUGUCUGCGUCUUGCCACAUUCAUUCAGCGAAGACGUGGAAACCUCAAGAUGAUGAACCGACAAUCCUUCUUGGUAUACCAGCGCUAUGCGGUGUUUGCCGUCCUCGUUGUCGUCGUAUUAUCCGUUUACAGCUUCCGCCCAGCUGAUGUUCCAUUAUUUUCCCGGGAAAGGGAGAGGGCGUCGAAUUUGGCGAUUGAAACGGACACAAACGACGUGCCUGCGACGAUUGAAAAGGCGGCAAUAGAUAUAGAGACUACGACCCAUGCCAUUCAUCCCACGGCAUCCAAUCCAGUGCUCCCAUCCUCAUCUUCUCCCGAGGCUUUGCAGAAGUCCGAUGAUCCUGUGCGCGAUGCAGUCAGGCACCUCUUCCGCAAUGUCAGGGUAGAUCCCACAGAGAGAUACUAUCGCGACCAGGACGGCAAGUACUUUACCGGUGCACGCGGGGACGAUGUUGUCUGGAAAGAAGGCUUGGGCAAAAAGAUAGUCAUUCUCGACGUGGACACGCGAGUACCAACGGGUGACAAUCAAAUCCUGAAUGCAGACAGGAAGAUCAAUUGGGCUACCCUGGAGGCCGCUGGCGUGGGGCUCAUCUCUCAUGGCAUCACCGGUCAUUAUCUGUAUGCCAUGAUUCACGGCUACGACUACAAAUACGUGCAGGCGGCUGAAAUGCCUGGUUUUCACAGCACGUGGAUCCGGCCCCAUUUGAUCAGGGAUAUGCUGCCAGAGUAUCAAUUCGUGGUGCACAUGGAUGCCGACGCAGUCAUUGCGCAUCCCGAGGUGCCUCUGGAAUGGAUGUUCAAUCGAUGGGGUGUUGCGAAGAACACGUCCUUUGCGAUGCCCCUUGACGCCGAAGUAUCUCGAAACGGGAAACCAAUGAGCGAGGAUAGCCGUGGGGUACCCAUCUUCAACGCCGGGCUCGUCAUCACGCAAAACAACAAGGUGACGCUGGACAUGCUGGAAGCCUGGGCCGACUGCACGACCGAGGUCCGAUACCGUGGGUGCGGCGUGUGGAAGACAAAGUUCAGCCACGAGCAGCGCGCGUUUUCAGAAUACAUUCGGUAUGACUACGACACCACGCCACAGACCAUUGUUGCGAUUCCCUGUGACGACGGGCUCGGCUACCCGCAGUUCAAAGAGCAUGCGGCGGGGAAGAAGCUCAAGGCCGAGUGUAGGGGCAAUUUCAUCCGGCACUAUACGUUUGGCAGGGGCAAGCCGAUGGUGCAUGCUGCUACCACGGAGACGAUGGCACAGGUGCUGGCACAGGUGCUACAGAAGAAUCUGUUGCAGCAUAGGAAUGAGGCGUGGAAGAAGGAAGGCGGGGCUGUGCGGGAUGGGAGCGUGGCCGCGGGUGAGGACGAGGAUGGGGAGGAGGGAGGAGAAGACAAGGAUGCAGAUGAAGAAGAAGUAGAAAAGUCCAACGAGGCCGAACUCAAGACGGCCGACGAAGCAGGUAAAAAGCAAGCCGACGCCGAUGCCAAACUCAACGACGAGGCGGAAAAAAGGCGAAAGGCGGUUUUCCAGGAGAGGCAGCAGGUGUAUUUUGAAGAGCGGCAGAGGGUGGGGAGAUGA